AGGAGGGUGUGUCCAAAAGGUGAAUGAGAGGGAAGUAAAAAGGAGGGAUUUUGGGGGAGCAAUAUAAGGGAGUGGAAAGGGGGAGACUGAUUAAGAGCAAAACAAUGGAGGGAUGGGAAAGAGUAGAAAAACUAAGGUUAGGAUUAAAGAAGGAAGUUAAAAUGGAGGGGAAGACACAUAUAGUAAUCAUAACUGUGAAUGUGAAUGGGAUAAACUCACUUAUAAAAUGUAAACAGAUAGCAGAGUGGAGCAAACAUCAGAAUCCUAGCAUAUGUUGUCUAAAAGAAACACACAUGAGGCAGAUAGAUACACGCAGGGUAAAGGUAAGAUACUGGAGCAGAAUAUAUUGGGCUGCAACAAAGACAAAGAAGGCAGUAGUAGCAAUCAUGAUCUCAGACAAUGCUAAAGUAAAAAUAGACUGGAUUAAAAGAGAUAAGGAAGGUAAUUAUAUCCUGAUAAAAGAUUACAUAAAUAAUGAAGAAAUAUCAGUACUCAACAUAUUGUAAACCUUAAAAUUUCCCAGACCCUACUUUAUAAGAUUGGAUUAAGACCAUUCCCCAUUUGGGCAGUGAACUCUACUUAAAGCAGGAAUGUGAGAAUUCUACUUUGCCUACUUGGGUCUGCCCUAGGGAAAGAUAAAGUUGUAAACUCUUUUCUGAACAAUGAAAAGUACUUAAACCCAUACUUUUCUUAAGCUAAGUACCUAUAAAGGUCAAGCAAGUUGUGAAUUUACAAGGAACAAAGAACUGGAAAACUUAAUCAGAGCUUUCCUGGUGUGAAUUACUCAAAAAUCCACACCUUCUUAGGUGUGGACUAAGAAUGGGCGGUCCUUUAGAAACAUCUACAGUGAUUGGUAGAUGUAAGGACUUAGGGGAGGUGACAGAGGAAAUUUUGCCCUUAAAAAUAAGAGCUCAGGGAAGAGCUGAGAAGUCAUUCUGAAACAUUCGGAUUGGAGAGACUCAUUCUGAGGAGACUGAUUCUGAAACAUUCAGAUGGAGGAGGGAGCUGGUGAAAGCAGCUGAGAUGCUGCUGGCCUGGUGUCAUUAGAAAUCCUUACUUAGACAGAUCUUAUGGUGAGUUAUAAAAAACUGACUGAUUUCUCUUUUAAGACUCAGGUCUAGGCCAUGUUGGCUUGGGGCCCUUCAUACUUAUUCCUUUCUUACUCUCUCUCUCUUUCUUUGAUUACUCAUUGUAUUGUUAAUUAAAAUCUUUAUAAAACCCAAUUGACUUGGGUAUUUGAAUAAUUGGGAAUAUUUCCCUGGCGACCACCUUAUAUUUGAUUUUAAAUCUCACAAUAUAUGCACCAAAUGGUAUAUCUUUCAGACUUUUAAAGGAGAAAUAGAAAGAGCUUAAGGAGGAAAUAGAUAGUAAAAUUAUGCCAGUGGAAGACCUCAAUCUUCCCCUAUCAGAACUAGACAGAUUCAACUAAAAAAUAAAUAAAAAAGAAGUAAUGGGAGGGAAUGAAAUGUUAGAAAAAUUAGAGCAAAUAGAUGUCUGGACAAAACUGAAUAGGGAUAAAAAUGAAUAUGUCUAAUCUUCUAUAGCACAAGGUACAUAUACAAAGACUGACCAUGUAAUAGGGCACAAAAACAUAGCAAACAAAUUCAGAAAAGCAGAAAUAAUUACUACAACUUUCUCAGAUCAUAAUGUCAUAAAAAUCAUAAUUAAUAAGGGUUCAUGGCGAGGCAAAUUUAAAAUUAAUUGGAAAUUAAAUAAUCUAAUUCUUCAAAACUGGUGGAUCAAAGAACACAUCAAACCAUUACUGAUUUCAUUGAAGAGAAUGACAAUGAGUAAAUAGAAAAUCAAAAUUUGUGGGAUAUAGCCAAAACAGUACUCAGGGGAAAAUUUACAUGCCUAAGUGCCUAUAUCAACAAAAUAGAAAGGGAGGAGAUUAAUGAAUUGAGUAUGCAACUUAAAAAAACUAGAAAAAGAACAAGUUAAAAACCCCAGAUAUAAACUAAAUUGGAAAUCCUAAAAAUUAAAGGAGAAAAUAAUCAAAUUGAAAGUAAAAGAGCUAUUGAACUAAUAAAUAAGACUGGGAGCUGGUACUUUAAUAAAACAAAUUAAAUACAUAAUGUAUUGUUAACCUAAUUAAAAAAAAGAAGAAAAUCAAAUUAACAGUAUCAAAAAUGAAAAGGGUGAUAUCAUAUCCAAGGAAGAGGAAUUUAGGACAAUUACUAAGAACUAUUUUGCCCAAUUAUAUCACAAGAAAUAUGACAAUUUUGGUGAAAUGGAUGAAUAUUUACAAAAAAGAUAAAUUGUCCAGAUUAAUAAUGAAGGAAAUAGAAUAUUUAAAUAAUCUCAUACCAGAAAAAUAAAUUGAAAAAGCCAUUAAGGAACUCCCAAAGAAAAAAUGUCCAGGGCCCAGAUGGAUUAACAAAUGAAUUCUAUCAAACAUUAAAAAAAAAAAAACGAAUUCCAAUACUAUUCAAACUAUUUGACAAAAUAAACAAAGAAGGAGUCUUACCAAAUUCUUUUUAUGAUACAAUUACAAUACUGAUUCCCAAUCCAGGAAGACCAAAAACACUUUCUACCCCACAUACCCCUUUCCUUGUUCCAUUUCAACUUCUCUGUAGGGUAAGAUAGAAUUCUAUACUCCAAUAGAACUAGCUCUUCUUCCCUCUCAGAACUGAUUCCACUAAGAGUAAGGUUUAACUUUGCCUAUUAUCAUUCUCUUUAUCCCCUUUUAAAAAUAGUUUUAUUCCUUGCCCCCACCCCCAUGUGCCUCUUUAUAUAACAUAUCCUAUUAUGUGGUAUAAUACAUUCUAUUUUACUUCUUCCUUCAAGUUUCUCUUGGUAUCAUCCUCUUUUUUGUCCCCCCCAUUUUUUCUACAUAUCAUCUGAAACAUCUUAAUAUCACAACCUCUGCCUGUGAAUAUUUCUUCUAUCUACUAUGAAAAUGAAAACAAUUUUUAGGAGUAACAUAUAGGAAUAUAAUAAAUUUGACUUUAUUGAAGCCCUUGAUCCCCAUCCCCCCUUCUAGUUUUACCUUUUUAUGGUUCUCUCGGAUUUUGUGUUUGGACAUUGAAUUUUCCAUUUAGUUCUGGUCUUUUCUUUAGGAAUGCUUGGAAAUCAUCUAUUUUAUUAAAUGACAAUAUUUUCCCCUGAAAGUAUAUAGUCAGUUUUGAUGGGUAGGCAAUUCUUGAUUGUAGACCCAAUUCUCUUUGCCUUUCUGAAUAUCAUAUUCUAAGCCUUGUGGCCCUUUAGUAUGGAAACAGCAAGAUCCUGUGUAAUAUUGCCUGGGGUUCCUUGAUAUCUGAAUUAUCUCUUUCUGGCUACCUGCAGUAUUUUCUCCUUGGCUUGGAAACUCUUGAUUUGGCUACAACAUUUCUGGGGGUUUUCUUAUGGGGAUUUAAUGUAGAGGGUGAUCUUUGGAUUCUUUCAACAUCUAUUUUGCCCUCUUCAAGAAUAUAAGGGCAGUUUUCUCAGAUAAUUUCUUGUAAUAUGAUGUGUAGUGUAAGGAAUUAAAAUUAAAGUUUUGACUUAACUGUACGAAAAUUAUAAAUAAUAUAGUGGUUGCUGAUUUAAAAUAUUAUAGCUCAAAUCAAAAUGACUUUCAAUAAUUUUUAUUUACAAAAUAGAUAGAGAGAAUGAAAGUAGAAAAAUACAAAAAGAGGGUAGAGAAGAUGUCUACCCUAUCAAACUAAAUAUUGCUCUGGUGCUUGGCACAGCCUGGCAAGGCUUGUUAACCUAUGACCAGAGAACCCAUAGUUCCACUCACAUGGUCUCCUCCAAGAAGAGAAGGCCUCUCAGAAACGAAUCUCUCCAGAUACCAGGAAAGGAAGGCCAGCUACUCACUCACCAAAGAGGUAGUCCAAGUCCCAAGUUACCUUCAAAAGGCAGAUUGUUGUCAAAGUUGUCAAAGACAACUACCGAAGACUAUCUCCACAAGACUGCUUGCAGAAUACUCCCUCUAGCUGAAGAAGUUCAGGAUUUUAUAGUGAUUUCCCAUCCCUUCUUCUCUUAAAAGGGGAUAAUCACAACUUCAGAAUUGUCUAGCACUGCCCAGGGGAUCAGUGUCUGUGGGAUCCAUUUUUUCACCUCUGAAGGUGUUAACUCUUAUCAUAGGCCUCUCAAGGUGUCAACCUUUUAUCAUAGGCUUCUGCAGGUAUCAACUUUUAUCAUAGGAUUCAAAAGUUUCUGAUUGAUGGAGUUAUCAUUCACUUUAGCAAAUGACUUGCAAAUACUCUUACUUAGUGUUAAGUAGGGGUGCUUUGAGUUCUGGAGCUAUCAGACAUUUUAGCAAGUGACUUGUGAAUUCUCUUACUUGAUGGCUAACAAAGUGUUAACUCAAAAUAGACAAAGAGAAAAAAGAAUUCCCUUUCACACUAGGCUUUUUUUUUUUUUGGUCAUGACUUUCAGGUAGCCCAACAAUUCUCAAAUUGCCUCUCCUGGAUCUGUUUUCCAGGUCAGUUGUCUUUUCAAUGAGAUAUUUCAUAUUUCCUUCUAUUUUUUCAUUCUUUUGAGUUUGUUUUUAUUAAUUAUUGCUGACUCAUAAGAUCAUUAGCUUCUACUUGUUCAAUUCUAGUCUUUAAAGAUGAUUUUCAGCCAUGAUCUUUUGAGUUUCCUUUACAGUUUGAUCUAUCCUGCUUUUCAUGGCUUCUAGCAAAUCAAUUCUGGUCUCCAAUUUGCUUAUUACUUUGUUUGAUUUUUAUGCCUCUUUUUCCAUAUGGGCAAUUUUGUCUUUUAAAACUGUUAUUUUCUUUUUGUAUUACUUUUAUUGCUUUUUUACCACUUUUCUUCCCAUUUUUCUUCUAUCUUUCUUAGUCCUUGAACUCCAUUUUAAGUUCCUCAAGAGCUUGUGACUAAUUUCCCCCCCCCUUUUUUUGGUGAAAGUUUGGAUGUUUUUUUGUUUGUGUGUUUUUCACUCUUUGUUGUUGCUUCUAUAGUUUGCUUUUUUUCUCUAUAGAAAUUAUCCAGGGUCAAGAGCUUUUUUUUUUUUUACUGUUUCUUAUUCCUUUUGUCACUAGUAGAUCAGUUGGUUGGCAUUGCUUUCUUAGCUUCUAUCUCUCAGGGCUUUGCCUUUGUAGUCUAUUCCCUUCCCUGUCAGAAGUCUGAGUGAGGGCAGGUAGGUUUAUGAUAUUCUUUGUAUAGUAAGCUUUAAAGUGUUUUUCACUGAGGCUAUCGUUCCAACCUCGGCUGCCUUGCCUGUGAACACCUGUGUUUCUGUCCAAGGUCCACAUUCUUCAGCCUCUAAUCUCACUGCCAAGGCCUUGCACUGCCCGUAGGGGUAUGUUCAUGAUCCUUUUAGCCAUCACUCAAGAAUUUAGAGAUUUUCCUGGCUGUCACUCUUAACUCUGGCAUGGAGGGUGGUGUGAGGGAGGGGUUAUCAGUUUGUGCUUUGAUUAGUUCAGUUUUCCCCCCUUAUAGGGUAGGAAUCCUCACUCAUUGCCUUUCUUUAAUACUGCAUCCAGUGGGAGAACACCUUUACUGGUCUGGUUUUGAUUUCUGUCCUUUUGAGACACUUUGUAAUAAGUAGUUGAAAGGAGAUUCAAAAAGCUCCUGCUACUAAGUAACCAUCUUGGCUUUGCCCAGGAAGACCAAAAACAGAGAAAGAAAACUACAGACCAAUCUCCCUAAUAAAUAUAGAUCCAAAAAUCUUAAAUAAAAUACUAGCAAAGAGACUACAGCAAGUUUUCACAAGUAUUAUAGAUUAUGAUCAGGUGGGAUUUAUACCAGGAAUGCAGGGCUGAUUUAAUAUUAGGAAAACCAUUGACAUAAUUGGCAAUAUUAACAACCAAACUAACAAAAAUCACAUGCUAAUCUCAAUAAACACAGAAAAAGCCUUUGACAAAAUACAAUACCCAUUUCUAUUGAAAACACUGGAAACUUUAGGAAUAGAAGGGCCUUUCCUCAAAAUAAUAAGCACUAUAUAUUUAAAACUAUUAGUAAGUAUUAUUUGCAAUGGGGACAAGUUAGAAGCCUUUUCAUUAAGAUAAGCAAUGAAGCAGAGAUGCCCAUUAUCACAUUUUUUAAUUUAAUAUUGUACUAGAAAUGCUAGUGGUAGCAAUUAGAGAAGAAAAUGAAAUUGAAAGGAUUAAAACAGGCAAUGAGGAGACUAAGCUAUCACUUUGCAGAUGAUAUGAUGGUCUACUUAAAGAAUCUUAGAGAAUCAACUAAAAAGCUAGUGGAAAUAAUCAACAACUUUAGCAAAGUUUCAGGGUACAAAAUAAACCCACAUAAACCAUCAGCAUUUUUAUACAUUUCCAACAAAACUCAGAAUCAAGAGUUAGAAAUAGAGGCUCCAUUUAAAACCACUCUAGACAAUAUAAAAUAUUUGCAAAGCUAUUUUCCAACACAAACACAGGAAUUAUAUGAAAACAGCUACAAAACACUUUACACACAAUUAAAACCAAAUCUAAAUAAUUGGAAAAACAUUAAUUGCUCAUGGGUAGGAUAAGCUAACACAAUACUCAAGUAUUUUCUUUACUCAAAUUACUCAAAAUAAUUUUGUUAUUCAGUGCCAUAUCUAUCAAACUAUCAAACUUAUUUUUAGAAUUAGAAAAAAGCUGUAACAACUCUCAUCUUGAAGAAAAAGAGGUCAAGAAUAUAAAGGGAAUGACUGAAAAAAAUAUGAAGGAUGGUGGCCUAGCAGUACCAGACCUUAAGCUGUACUAUAAAACAGUGGUCAUCAAAACAGUAUGGUCCUGGCUAAGAGACAGAAGGGUAGAUCAGUGGAAAAGACUAGGUAUUAAUGACCAAAGCAAGUUUAGUGUUCUAUAAACCCAAAGAUCCCAGCUUUUGAGGUAAGAACUCCCUAUUUGACAAAAAGUGCUGGGAAAAUUGGAAAACAGUAUGGGAAGAAUUAGGUUUAGAUCAACAUCUCAUGCCCUAUACCAAGAUAAAUUCAAAAUGGGUAAAUGAAUUCAAUAUAAAAAGUGAAAUCAUAAAUAAAUUAGGUGAACAUAGAAUAGUAUAUCUGUCAGACCUUUGGGAAAGAAAGGAAAUAAGAUUAAGCAAGAGAUAUAGAACAUUACAAAAUGUAAAAUGAAUGAUUUUAAUUAUAAUAAAAAGAUUUUGUACAAACAAAUCCAAUGCAAUGAAAAUUAGAAUGAAAGCAACAAAGUGGGGGAAAAGUUUUUAUAAUGAAACUCUCUGACAAAGGCCUAAUUUCCCCAAUAUAUAAGGAAUUAAUUCAAAUAAUAAUAAAAAAAAAACAUGCCAUUCCCCAAUUGACAAUGGUCAAAGGACAUGAAUAGGCAGUUUUUGCAUGAAGAAAUCAAAACUAUCAAUAAGCACAUGAAAACAUGUUCUAAAUCCUCCUGAUUACAGAAGUGCAAACCAAAAUGACUCUGAUGUAUCACCUCACAUCUAGCAGAUUGGCCAAUAUGACAGGAAUUAGGUGGAGGAGCUCACAAACCACUUAGUGAAUUCACUCCCUACCUGGUGCUAGGUGAGAAGCCAGAAAGAUACUGGGAGAGCUCUACCCUUUUUUUUUUUUCUAACUCCAGAGACUUUUUUUCUAACAGCCAGAGACUUGUGAAUUCUUUUAAGAGUUCACACACUCAGAAAUGUGUGGUUCCAAAGGUGUGAAUCCUAGGAGGAGAGGAUGAGAGAUAUAAGAAUUUUGGAAACUGUGAUUGGUCCCUGUGAAGAGGGUAGGGGAUAGGAAACCACCACAAAAGUCACAAAAAUCCUUAGGCUAGAAGUCUGGUGAAGUUGAAUCUUGUCAAGAGUGUCUCCUGGAGAUAGUCUACGAGGAAUGUUAUUGGAGACUGCAGCAUGGAUCCUGACUUCAACUUAGACACUUACUCUUGGACUACUUGGUUGGGUGAGUGAAAAGGCUGACUCCCUUCUUAGUUUCCUAUGAGACUAGCUUCAAUCUUGGAGGAGGCCACGUGAUUACUUACUACCAGUCCUCCUGGUUGAAGACUAGUAUAGGUAUUUUCUCUCACCUUUUCCACAUUUCUCUACUUUAUUGUUUCCCCUCUAUUUUGGUAAAUAAACAGUAUCCAACAUUAAAUUUAACCAUUACAAAGGAAAAUAAUAAAAUUUGGAGGUGACGUAGCAAAAUUAGGACAGUAAUACAUUGAUGGUAGAAUUGUGAAUUGAUCUAACUGUUCUGGAAGGCAAUUUGGAACUAUGCCCAAGGGGCUUUAAAAGAAUGCUUGCCCUUUGAUCCAGCAAGAUCACUACUAGGUUUAUACCCCAAAGAGAUAAUAAGGAAAAAGACUUGUAUAAAAAUAUUCAUAGCUGCACUUUUUGUGGUGGCAAAAAAUUGGAAAAUGAGCGAGAGUCCAUCUAUUGGGGAAUGGUUGAAAAAAUUGUGGUUUUUUUUGAUGGUGAUGGAACACUAUUUUGCUGAAAGGAAUGAUAAACUGGAGGAAUUCCAUGUGAAUUGGAAUGACCUCCAGGAAAUGAUGCAGAGAGAAAGGAGCAGAACCAGGAGAACAUUGUGUACACAGACUGAUACACUAUGGCACAAUUGGAUGUAACCGCAAUGCAAUGACCCAGGCAAUCCAGAGGAACUUAUGAGAAAAACACUAUCCAUACCCAGAGAAAGAACUGUGGGAGCAGAAGCACAGAAGAAAAAGUAUGAUUGAUCAUGUGGUUCAAUGGGAAUAUUAUGGGUUUUAGCUUUGAGAGAUCACUCUAUUUCAAGUAUGAAUAAUAUGGAAAAAGGUUUUUUAAAAUGAUAUAUGGGCAACCUAGUGGAAUUGCUUGUCAGCUCUGGGAGUGGGGAGGGAAGAAAGGAGAGAAAAUGCAUGAAUAAUGUAACCAUGAUAAAAUAUUUUAAAUAAAUGAAUUUUAUAAAAAAUUUUUUAAAUGAAGAUGAUAAUUGGAAUAAUUUUAUCCACACAGAUCUGCCUUUUGGGCCUUCCCUAUCCCACUCUUCUUUAUAGUCUCUCCAUAAAUUCUUCCAAUAGUAUCUUAAAACAAUCUGUUUUUGUAGGUAGAGAUUUUGGGGCAGGUCACUCUGUAUGUGUGUGUGUGUGCGUGUGUGUGUGUGUAUGUGUGUGUGUUUAAUAUCCAGCCUGGUCUAGUAUCUUUUCUGUCUUGUUGACUUUAAUUAGUGUCAUGGUCAUAUGGUCAUUUGUUUUUUAUUCCAACUAUUGGGAUAAUUGACUUCAUCUGUCACUCUAUUUCCUUUGUAUGAAGCCUGGCCUUCAUGUUUAUACUCAACAUACUAAUAAUGGGUUGUAUUAUUAUUACCAAGCUCUGGAGCAGGGAUUGAGUCAUACGAUGGAAAUGGAAGAUUCAUUUUUAUCUUCAGGAAGGAACUUUGCAAUUUUGCUUAGCUAACACAAGCAGAUGAAAAACAUUUAAGGUCUUCAUUUCACUCUCUCUCUCUCUCUUUACACACACACACACACACACACACACACACACUCACACACACACUCACACACACACACACACACACACAUAUAUAUAUAUAUAAUUUGUAUUAGGCACUGUGCUCAUCAAUUAAAUAUUCUCAUUUCAUACAAAAGCCAUGUGAGGUAGGUUCAUUUUACAAUACAGGAAACUGAGACUGAAAAUAGUUAAGUUACUUGUCAAGGGUCAUAUAGUAAAUAAGUAUCUCUGAGGCUAGAGUUAAACUGAUGACUUCUUGAAUCAAGGUCCAAUUUUCUAUACACUUGCAUCAUACAGCUGUCCUAGGGCCACUCAGACAACAGAGAUGCUGAGUAAGAGACAGAGAGUGCCCCUGCCCUCCAACUGAGAGAAUCUUUGGGGAGGAGGGUGAAAGAGAGAGAAGAAGCCUUAGAUGUCAGAGUAAUUCUUCCAAGGGACAGGAACGAGUAAGCCAUAUAUGAGGGAAACAGCAGGUGGAUUAGUUAUAAAACAAGAGAGAUGCUAAACUGGAGUAAGAGAAAAUGACAUUCUGGGCAAAAGAUGGUAAUAGCUGUUAUUUUGUUGUACUUCAAGAUUUGUGCAGAAAAGCAAAGUGUCUAACCUAUGCUAAUAGAGGGAAAUAGAGGUAGGGUCUCAACUCAUGGCUUCCUAAAGCCAAAUUCAACCCUCACUACUCUCCACCAUGGUGACUGCCUUGUUAGCCAGUUGACUGUCCUCACUAAAUCCUCAUUUACACAGUGGCCCCCAGACUUUGAUGUAUAGUCUAGCAGUCUCAAACAACUACCAUAUAUCUUUUUUAAAAUGUUUUUACCUUUUUAGGAAAAGUGGCUGGUGAACUUUUCUUUGAUGGUUCAAUAUUUUACAAUCCCUUGGCCAGUUUGAUGGUGGGUGUGCUGGUGACUGUUUUGGUGCAAAGUUCUAACAUAUCCAUAUCCAUCAUUAUCAGCAUUGUAUCCUCUUCAGGCUGAAUCUCUUCCUUUGAUGUUAUCUAUUCUCCCUAUUCUUGUGGUAGAGUCAGAAAAUUAAGCUCUAGCUGACAGAGUUGGGUUGCUUAUUCUUGGGUGAAAUUUUCAAUGCUUAUUGCUUUGGAUGAUCUUCUUUGGAAGAGUGGAUGUUGACAGUAGAGAAAGCAAUUCCCAUGAUCAUGGGAGCCAAUAUUGGGACUUCAGUUACCAGUACAAUUGUGACCCUCAUACAGGCUGGAGACAGGGAUGAAUUUGGAAGGGCUUUUGCAGGAGCUACUGUACAUGAUUUUUUUAAUUGGUUGUCAGUGCUGGUGUUGCUGCCUCUGGAGGAGAUUACGAGCUACCACUACCACCUCUCCAAUAUUAUAGUGAAAUCCUUUAAAAUCAAGGGUGGAGAUGAUGGCCCCAAACUCUUGAAAGUCCUCACAGAUUCCUUAACAAAACUCUUCAUCCAGCUGGAUAAAAAAGUCUUAGCUGAAAUUGCUGCAGGAAAUCAGGAAGCAAAAAACAAGAGCCUGAUAAAGAUUUGGUGUAAAACUUUUGAAAAUGUGAUUUUUAGCAAUGUUACCGUUCCCUCACCAGAAAAUUGUACCUCUCCCACUCUCUGUUGGACUGAAGGGAACAUGACUUGGACACUCAUGAACACAACUUAUGAAGAGAAUAUUGCAAAAUGCAAACACUUAUUUGUGAGCACCAACCUCUCAGAUUCAGCCAUUGGAUUAAUUCUUCUACCCCUCUCCAUGCUCAUCUUGGGCACAAGUUUGAUCAUACUUAUCAAGGUCUUGAAAUCUGAACUCUGGGGACCAGUCACUGCAAUGAUAAAGAAGACCAUCAACACAGAUUUCCCCUCCCCAUUUACCUGGAUGGCAGGUUACCUUGCCAUUCUUGUUGGAGCUGGGAUGACCUUUAUUGUGCAGAGUAGCUCUGUGUUCACUUCUACAAUCACUCCUCUGGUUGGCCUCGGUGUGAUCAGCCUUGAGAGAGCUUACCCUUUAACCUUGGGCUCCAACAUCGGCACCACCACCACCGCCAUCUUGGCUGCAUUAGCUAGCCCUGGAAAUACUUUACAAGAUUCACUCCAGAUUUCCCUGUGCCAUUUCUUCUUCAACAUCUCUGGGGUCAUUCUAUGGUACCCAGUCCCAUUCAUGCGACUGCCUAUCCAUUUUGCCAGGAGCUUAGGGGAUAUCACAGCCACCUACCGUUGGUUUGCCUUUAUCUACUUGAUCUUCUGCUUUUUCCUCGGCCCAUUGCUGAUGUUAGAAAUUUCCCUGGCUGGUUGGCCUGUGUUGUUAGCUGUAGGGAUACCCAUGUUAUUUCUGUUGUUCAUGCUACUAUUCAUUCACACCUUCGAUGCCCUUCACAUAUUGCCCUCAUGGAUGACAUCCCUAAAGCCCUGGAAUAAUAUGAUAUCUAGAAUAACAGGGAAUAGAACCACUGCUCAAAUUUCUGCAUUUGCUACUGACUGUUUUUCUUGCCCUGGAACUGGACAUUCUCUAAGUACACGGUGGUCCAGAGAAGGACAAACAAACCAAAACAAAGUUUCUGAAAAGUUUGAUGAUUCUGAAGUCAUAGCUGAUAAGUCCCAGUCAGGGAUUUAAUUUUAGGAGAAAGGCUGAGACAUAAAGAUAUCUCACAGCAGCAGAGUCUUAAAGUAAAGGGGAGAAGAGGAGAAAAUAUGGAUUAUUUCUUGUUCCACAGGCCCUUUCCCCCUUGUAGUGAGUCAUGGUGAGGGCAGAUAGUUAUUCACUGCAAAAAUUAAGCCAAGAACCUUUGCCAUCCCAACCCUUAACUCUGGAACCCAAAGUAUUGGCAGACAAGGCUGGCUCAACAUUGGCAGAAACAGGGCUCAAAAUAACACCCUUACCAGGACCACAAUUCUCUCUCAUGUGGUUUGUGAAAGACCUGAGACAACAGAGAACCAGAGGGAUUUUGCAAGAUGAAACCUAACAAGGCCUUGUUUUGAAAUCAGUUUUCAGAAGGGAAAAGCCUAAUGAAAGUGCUCCAUGGCUUGAAUAGACUUAGCUCUACUUUUAUUUUUAAGAAACUGUUUGGUUACUGAGAAACAUGGCUUUUCCCAAGAAAAGUCCUGACUGUAAACAGAACUUCCCUGGCCCCAUUAAGGUGGAAGAGAGGGCUGCUUCCAAAUAUUGAUGACCAUGAUGACCAAUACCAAAAAUAAACUCUCAUAGGUGACCAUGCCCUCCAUGUCUUGAUCUUCCUUCUUGCAGUUCUGGGCAGUCUAUAACUAAUUUCUAGAACACCAAGAAGGUAUUUCUGAAGGAUAAGGUGCCUUAAAAUCUGUGUCUUAUCUGAUCCAGAGAGAUGAGCUAUUAUAUUAACCACCUAGCCCUUUAGUGGAGUGGGGUAGUACUGGAAGGAUUCUGAGGUGAAUGGCCUUGCUGUAAGCCCUUCUUCUUCUGGAUCCUUGCAUCUCUGUCUCUUUCAAAGAGGAGAAAACCUGUUAGGCCUUUGGAGAGGAGAUAGACUGGCAGGUGGUCAUUCUUAGGGAAAAUGUGGAUUAAAAAAGCAGGACUCUCUUCAGACAAACUGUAGCCAUUUUUUCCCCUGUAUCUGCAAAGAAUAACAGUCUGACUGGACAGGAAGCACCUUUGUCAACCUUGGGCUUUCAGGUGACCCAUUAAAGACUAAUCUGGAAUCUCCUUCCAAAUUUUCAUUUACUUGUCAGGAAUGAGCAUUGUUCAUUUCCAUUUCCUGUCCUCUUUGGCCCUUAAAAUCCUGCUUUUUAAGAGAUUGAUUGGUGAGCAUGUGACUGGAAAGGUUUGAGCCAGUCAACACUCCCAGAGCAUAAUCCUGAAGGUUAAAUUGUCUGUCUGCCUUGGUCCCCAGAACCCUUUUUAUAAUGGUGUGCACAUGGGUAGAAUGAGGGAGCCCCUGUAUUCUAGCAGCUCAGAUGCCCUCUCUUUGCCCUUUAUGGGGCCUCCUUCAAAGAAAGAUUUCUUGUCUUUCAACCAGCCACAUCCAUCAGUUCCCUCUAAAAAAGCCUGUCCAAUGUUUUCACCUGACCCUACCUAUCUAGGCUGUACCUCAGCUUCAAAGCAUAUAAAAAAGCGAAAUAUAGAUUGAGGAAGACCAGCCCAUUCUCGAAUCCUAUGUUAGUCCAUUUCUGGUCAUAUGGAACCUUACCCUGAGCUUCCACUAUAUAUAAUUCUUCAUAGACAGAUACCUAUAUAUAUAUGUAUACAUAUACAUAUAUAUAGUCACUGAAUUGUAUAGUUUUUUUAUGUUAUAUUGAAUGUAACUUACCUGAUUCUGAUUUUUAUAUUGCUUAUCUUGAGAAAUAAGAAAAUGUUUAUCGAUAAUAUAUGUCUAUUACAUUGGUAUAUAUAAGCAAGAAUAUUUGUAUAUUUUGUAGUAUCUUUUAAAUUUUUCCACAUCAUACUAUAAAUAUAGAAGUUAAAUACCUCAUUGGUCCCCCUUGCAACAUGUUAUAUGCUUUUUCCAGUUGGAUUAUGCUUGUGAUCUAUUUGCAAGUUGUAAUUUUCAAUAUUUUUAGAAAGAAAACAAAGAUAUACAAAACAAAAAGAAUGCAUUUUUGAAGGUUAGGGGGUGGGUUACUUUGAUUCAUUCUAACAUCUUCUUUCCAAGAUGUUUGUUCAUAUGAGCCGUUCCUCCCUGGUUCCCUCUCCAAUUAGCAAAAAUAAGUGUCAAAUCAGAUUUCCUGCGAAUGGUCUGAUCAGGAAUCUGAGAGCUAGAGUUGGGGUCCAUUACCCUGCAAGAUCCUUUCUUAAGCUAGGAGAGAAUAAACAGAUCAUUAUUUUUCCUUAUUCCAGUUCCUGGAUCUGGAAGCCUGAAUUAAUCUACAAAAUCUUUGCAGAAAGUAUUAUUUCCUGUACCUUUCUAAUUGACCAUUUCCAGGUUGAGGGGUCAGGCCAGAGAGCUGCCAUAAGCCUAAGUCAGAAAGCAUGGAAAUGCCACCUGAGUAGUACCCUGAGAAGCAUUAUGGGCCUGAUUUCUAAAAAGAGGUGGGGUCUGUCAGAUGAUGGGCCAGAAGUAGGCAAGGGCUGAGAUGCAAAUUUAAUUCUCCUAAUUGGCUAGCAUGAGCCAGCAGCUCUUUUGUAGUCCACAUUAAUAUAGUGGAGUAUGUUAUUGAAGUAUCAACUUUGCUAUCAGAAGAUAAUGGUUUGCAAAUAAGUCACACUUGGCACUAGUCUGGGUAGCUGGCUCUUGUAUAGCAUGGGGAGCAGACCUUGAUCUGUCAGGACAGAAAUUAUGCCCUCUCCUUUGGUUGAGGUUAAUCAAAGAGACUCAAAGGUUCUCUGGUGCCAGUUCUGUUUGUGUUGAGAUUAGGGACUUCCUCUUCCUCCCUUGGCAGAGGGCAUCUCCCCUUUUGGGAGCACCAUUCCUCCAUGGCUGCUUAGCUGUGGGGUGCCAGGAAGAGUGAUGAAUUUGGGGCCAGGAUAUAAUGCAACUGGUUCUUACCCCCUACCCCAAGGCUUAUAGUAAGACCAGAAUGAGAAAGGGCUUUACAAGCUUUGCAAAUGCAAUAUAAAUAUCACCUCUGGCUCAUUCUGUGUAUCUAAGGCUCUCUCCUCCCAGGAGUUUAGUGAGAUGGGGCAUAUUGAGUAAUCCAUUGGAGUUAGCAAUGCUCCUCCAUAUGAGGGAAGCAGGGUGGAUUGAGCUUUUCUGGGAGAUGGCUUGAGGAAAAACAGAAACUUUGAGAGUGGGGCCCAAGGAACCUAGUAAGCAGCUGAGUAGGUUGUGAAAGCCAAGGGGAACUAGGUUGGCAAAUAUGGCUACUCCUACCAGAGGGCACCAUUUUCUCAAUUUUUCUUACAUAUAAGACCUUAGAUUCUAUCUAUGCCAUUCCACCUUGACUGUUCUUACCUGUAAGUAUAUUAUCCUUGUUUCCUCAGUGUUGGUUUGGGAUCUUAGAACCAAAUUUCCAGUGAACCAGUGCUUUUUAAAACUCUUACCUUCUGUCUUAGAAUCAAUACAAGUUCCAAAGCAGAAGAUCAAUAAGGGCUAGUUGAUUGGAGUUCAGUGACUUCCCCAUUGUUCUUAAAACAGUACCGGGCACAGAGUAAAUACUAUAUAAAUUUUAACUCUUAUUAUUCUUAUCAUUCUUCUUUACACAGAGAUGAAGGGAAAACAGAGUUUAUUACGUACCUAAUACAUGCUAGACCAGUGAUGGCAAACCUUUUAGAGACUGCAUGCUAUGCCCUGCUCCCUAUCUCCCCCAGAGAACAUGUGCCAUGCCCCACUCCAUCCACAGAUUGCUGGUGCACCCCUACUCUCUCCCCUUUACCAACAUAGGGGAAGGGGUCAGCUCUCUCAUUGGGCUAUGUGGCAGAGAGGUAGAUGAUGUAAUAAAAUGAUGUCAGGCAAGGUGGAGAGGGAGAAGAGAGCAGCUCUGCCCCAGUCCCUCUGCCUUUCUAGUAACCAACUCUGGGGGUGUCGGGAAGGGUAGCACUCUUGCCUGUUGAUAACAUUCUGUAGGCCAUCUUUGACACCAUGCCAUUGGUUUGCCAUCACUGUGCUAGGCACUUAUAUAUAAUCUCAUUUGGUCAUCACAACAACUCUAGCAGGUAGAUGCUAUCAUUAUCCUCAUUUUACAGUUUGGGAAACUGCCUCUGCUCUAGUGCUCCAAACAUUAUACCACCUAGCUAUCUAAUGAGAUAAGAACCUGACUCUAAUAUUAUGUAGUUAAUCCCAAGAACAUUUCUUUUUUAUUUUUAUUUGGUUUUGUACAUUGUGUUUGACUCUUCAUAACCCCAUUGGAGGUUUUCUUAGCAAAUAUACUUACUGGGAGCUGUCAGGCCACAAUGUCUUGAUAUGGUUUCUCGUGGAAGCCAGGAGGUCACAAAGUAACUCCUUGGCAGGAUGGAAUUCCCUACUCAGUCCCCUCUGUAUGACUUCUCUCAUCAACAUCCCUUACUAAUGGAAUUGAUAUGAUUAUUGUUCUCUCUCUAGUCUCUGAAAAAGUAAUAUAAGAGCAAAAUACCUGUACACUAUUCCCCCAAAAUUUCACCAAAAGACCAGACUCACAAAACCAAACCCAAAAGAUCAUUAUGGGUUAACUUUUUCUUCGGUAUAUAAUUCCCAGAAAAAGCUGUACCCAACAAGCUGUGCUCAGAUAACCCCUAUUCUCAUUCCCUGAAACUUAUUCUCCUAAGCCAGUACAUAAAUCAUUAAUAAGGAAAGGCCUGUACAAAAUACUUUGGUAUACCAUGCUUCAUCAUGCCUCAGUGACUUGAUUUUGCCAACCAAAACUCUCCUUGAAAAACUCCCUAAUAAACCCUGAGAAAUGAUUAGCCUAAUAUUAAAUCUGAAUUGUGUUUUCAGUACCCCUUUGAUCUCUGAAUUUCACUGCUACAAUUGUUAAUUGUUUUCAGGAUUUCUGAUCAUCUAUUUUUAUUAAAGGUAAUAAAUGAUUUUCCUUGAUUGUCUGUAAACUCAAGCUCCUUACAGACUAAUGAGAAAAUUAAGCCACCUAUGAUGAAAUCAUUUAUCUUGGGUAAAACCUUUGUGUAUCCUGUCAGAAUUGAUAGUUAAAAUAUAAGUACAGAAUGAUCUCAGAAUGUUAAUCAAAUGAUUUGUUCAAAGUUAAUAUAUUGGGGGCAGCUGGGUAGCUCAGUGGAUGAGAGCCAGGCCUAGAGAUAGGAGGUCCUAGGUUCAAAGCUGGCCUCAGACACUUCCCAGCUGUGUGACCCUGGGCAAGUCACUUGACCCCCAUUGCCUAGCCCUUACCACUCUUCUGUGGCAAUACACAGUAUUGCUUUCAAGACAGAAGUUAAGGGUUCUAUUUUUUUUUAAAAAGUUAAUGUGUCUCUCUCAUUUCUGCCUAGCUGUUCCAUCUGCUGAUGACCCCCUGGAGCCGUGGGCUCAGCUUGAUCCGAGACCAUGACAUAAGUCUGGAGUCCUAACAGGGACUCUCCUGGCUAGGUAACCUGCCCCCUUUCCACCCCCUGAAAAAUAAAGGCUCUCUCCAAACUUGGGUGGCUAGAAUCCCACCCAAAGGGGACUUCAGACCCCCCCCCCAUCAGUAGAUGGAGUGGGCAAUUCAGAACUUAAGUUGAAAAGGAUCACCAUGGGGCACAAUGAAUUGAAAGCAAGCAAGCUAUUCACUAAAAUAAUUAAACACAAUUUUCAGGAAAGGGCAAUAAAAGAAAGAAAAGUAAGCAAGUCACAGCUGGCUAAACUCUUGGAUUUUAUUCAAAUUUGCAGCCCAUGGUUCCUUGAUGUAGGGACAGUAGAUUUAGACACAGAGGAAAAUAUUAGCCUUGACUUAAAUAUUAUAAAAUCCUGAUUGGGGGCUCUCCCGUUUGGAUUAGGCAGCCACCAACAACCCCUCCAUCUGAGGGAGGAAGGAGUAAAUGGAUGGGAAUGAGGGGUCCCCCUCUUCCUCCACCUUCAUGACCUCCAGAUCCUCAGCUCUAACAGAGAAGAGCCCAUCUUUCAAUCCUUUGUAACCUGCCUUUUCAAAUGUUUAGGCUUAAGGCUUAUGGAGCCAAAAACUUUUCUUCGCUUCUUACAGUUUUUAUUUAUUUAUUUAUUUUAUAAACUCUUACCUUCUGUCUUGGAAGAAAUACUGUGCAUUGGUUCUAAGGCAGAAGAGUGGUAAGGGGCUAGGCAAUGGGGGUCAAGUGACUUGCCCAGGGUCACAUAGCUGGGAAGUGUCUGAGGCCAGCUUUGAACCUAGGACCUCCCAUCUAUAGGCCUGGCUCUCAUCCAUUGAGCUACUGAGCUACCUAGCUACCCUGAUUCUCACAGGUUUUAAAGAGACAGUACCUUGGAAAAAGCAAGAUGGAUUUUUUUUAUUGUUUCUUCUUACUUUUUUCUUCCUCAAGAUCUUGAGUAAAUAUCUUAAUUUUUAAAGGCAUGUUUCCCUUAGUCUGUUUAAUGUUUGUUUUGUGUGUCUCUAUGUGUGAACAAGACAAGUCUUGUCUGUUUGUUCUCCUAAUUGGCCACUUACAAAAAAAUGCUUCAAAGUCCGCUGAGAAGAGGUAAUCUAUUUUGGCCCUCUAAACUUGACAGACUGUUCCAUAAAUCUCUUUAUUUAUUUUGGAAAGGGCCCAUCCAGGUAAAGAGGUGAAAGAUUGAUUUGGAUCACACAAAGGGAAAUUUUAUCCCUUAAACUGGCUAUUCUCUUAGAUUUAAUAUUAAAGAUCUAUAUGUGUAGUUUUGGAAAACUGUUAAUUAGUCUGAUAAUGUACUAUGAUAAGUGUAAUUGUAUGGUGAUAAUUGUGUAUCAGUUAAAGGUUGUAGGUUAGCUAAAUUUAAUUUAGCUUAAUGGCUAUAGCCAGAAAUCUGUUUAUCAUCACUAGGACUGAUAAGAGAGAACCAUUUCAAUAAGUCUCAGAACUGUUUGAAUGUAAUUAAUAGACAGCUUGCCAGCAAGAGGAACUUUUCCUCCUCAAAGGCAAAAACGAUACUGGAUGCUUAGUAAAACACAAGAUAUUUGUGUGCAAAAUUCAGCUAGACAACAGUGAUAGUGUAUUGUGGAGAACUUAUUCUCCACUGGGACUACAUCCCAAACUCCUGAUACAAACUCCUAAACUCAUCAGUAGAAGGGAAAUAGUAAGGGACUUUUUUUUUUUAAACCCUUACCAUCUGUCUUGGAGUCAUUACUGUGUAUUGGCUCCAAGGCAGAAGAGAGGUAAGAGCUAGGCAAUGGGAGUCAAGUGACUUGCCCAGGGUGUCUGAGGUCAGAUUUGAACCUAGGACCUCCUGUCUCUAGGCCUGGCUCUCAAUCCACUGAGCUACCCAGCUUCCCCCAGUAAGGGGCUUCCUGUUUCCUCUACCCUCAUUAUACCUCAAACCUUUU